AUGCAGCGAAAAAACAAUCAACAGCGUGUGGUUACCAGCAUGGAGAGGAAGCAGCAGGUGCUGGGUUUCGGCCAGAGGAAGCCAGUGGGGGAGCGGCAGGGCAAGCAUGGCAGUGCGAGCGGCAGGCAGACGGACUGGAAGGCCGCGGAGGAGCCUGCCAGUGAGGUGCAGAACGUCGCUAUGAUUGCACCACCACAGGAGCAGGCUGAGCAGGCAGAGCGCGCCUUACAGCUUUUUGACAUGGACAUGGCGUUCGGCCCCUGCACUGGCCUCUCUCGCUUGGAGCGCUGGCAGCGCGCUAACCGGUUGGGGCUCAACCCUCCGCCGCACGUGCGAGCGCUGCUGGAGUCUGCCUCGUGCCGUGAAGACAGCGUUUGGGAGGGCAGGGUCCGGUUGGGGCUCAACCCUCCGCCCCACGUGCGGGCGCUGCUGGAGUCGGCCUCGUGCCGUGAAGACAGCGUUUGGGUUGGGCAGGGUGUGAGAGGGGGGCGUGGGCAUGGGGGCAUGGCAUCAAGGCAUCUGGUUGCUGUGAAGGGGUCUCUCCCACUGGGAGAGGGUGGGUGGGAGAGAAAUGGCAUGGAUAGGUUUAAAGCCCAUCCCUCACGAUUGUGCAUUGUUGCACCUGGUGCUGUUCCGUGA